AUGUUCGCUGAGAGCGCACGGCACUUACAAUGGAAACAGGAGCACCAUCAACAGCCACACACAAGCCCCGAGUACACGGAGGAAACGGCGUCCGCGCGACUGGUCCGCUCUCCCUACAGCACUGUUAAAGCCAAUCAACGUGAGUACGCCCUCGAUGAGGACGAAAAUGGCAAUGCCGCGUCGGGCACGGCUGAUACAACGUUGCCAACCCCGUUGGUGGCCACCACAGAUGCGGAUGUGUUGGAGCAGGAAUUGCUAGACGAUAACUUCCUGUACUACCCACCGUUGACAGCCAUCAGUGAAGCGAGUGCGACCGAUGCGCUGCACACUCACUCGUGUGGUGAACCGGCGAGAUACGUUCCUGGUCAGCAGAUCAUUCCGCCCGGCUUGACGCGCUACCGGGUCGAUGUGCAGUACCAAGGCAGUGACUUUGACGGGUGGUACAAAUCUGUGCAGCGGACAAAUAAAAAGAGGGAUGCUGCACCAGCUGGCAACACCACUGCUGGCGUGGCAGACUACGGCGCCGGCUCUCACCACUUCGCCAGGGUUGUGCUGGAGGAGGCGCUGGCUGUCGCGCUGGACGUGCCGAUGGUGGGCGUCGUCGCGGCCGUCAUUCCAGAAACAGGCGUGUCGGUGCGCCGCCUGACGUGCCAUGUGGACGUGCCCAGCGAGGUCGAGCUGCAACCACGCACCAUCCUGCAGCGCUCCACCCUGUGGCUGCACCAGCGUCGGCAGCCGCUCGCCAUCCUGAGUUGUCACCCAUGCCAUAACCAAGAUUUUCAUGCCCGGCACAGCGGGGUGCGGCGGGUGUACUGCUACCGCAUUCUGAACCGAAUCGCACCUCCCCUGUUUGAUGCGGGGUUGCAGUGGCACGUCGACCGCUACCUCGACGUGCCACGCAUGCAGCGCAUGGCACGUCUCAUGGAAGGAACGCACGACUACGGCUUCUUCGCCGACACAAAGAUGGCCAACGCAUUGCGGCGCGCUGCUGCCUCUUCCACUGGAAGCAGUCGAGGAGGACCUGUGGUGUCUUCGGCACACAGCGUGGAGCAUGAGCCACUAACUAGCCACGGCCUGGCGCGCGGCGAGGCGCCAGCAGCGCCAAAGGUGACUAUUGAGCGCGGUCUUUCUCAGCUCGAGCGGGCUGCGGCCUUGCCGACCUUCAAUGAGUACGGUCAGCGCGUCGUCACCUAUCAAGCGAAGCCACAUGAGUACUACAAGGCCCGCACAAACCUCCCGACCGUUCGCACAGUGGAUAAGAUCGAGGUGGUGCGGCAGGAAGACGAAGUCCUUAUCUGGUUCGUCGGCCAGUCCUUCCUGCGCCAUCAAAUCCGCAAUAUGGUGGGCGUGCUGAAGGCUGGGGGUCAUGGCCUCUGGGAUGAUCAGGAGCUCCAGCACGCCCUUCAGAGCGGCUUCGAGGUAUCGCGCAAGAAGUUCAAACGCGAGCGUCUGCCGCCGGCUCCCGUACAUGGCCUCACGCUCUGGGAUGUCGAGUAUCCGGCGCAGUACAGGUCAGACUUUGUGCCCUACGUAGAUGCGGGACCUUACGAGCCCAUUGACAUUUCCACGCAGCACUAA